CGGGGAGGACCGAGCAAACUACACCGAGCAGCGAGGACACUUGACAGGCACGUAUCAACUUAAUUACUCGGCGACUGCGUGGAGAACAUUACGGAUAAUCUCACCGCGUUAGCUCGCCGUGAAGGAGUAAGCGAGCGAAAGAAAGAAACAGACCCCGUGAAGAAGGAGUGAAAACGCUAAGAAGAAAAAGAAGCUUGCUGCACAGGGAAUGAACUCAUUGGAGAGCUAGAUAAUUAUCCGUGGACUUUGCUUUUUGACAGUUUUUCAAUAAGUAGGAUUCUUCUCUGCAGCGGUAUUUUUCUAAGGAGUUGUUCCUCAAGUCCACGGCAAUGGGGGAGCAGCCGAUCUACACGACCCGGGCCCAUGUCUUCCAGAUUGACCCCACCACCAAAAAGAACUGGGUCCCUGCGAGCAAACAGGCGGUGACCGUCUCCUACUUCUACGACAGCACCAGGAACAGCUACCGCAUCAUCAGCGUCGACGGGUCCAAGGUGAUCAUCAACAGCACCAUCACUCCAAACAUGACGUUCACAAAGACCUCACAGAAGUUCGGGCAGUGGGCGGACAGUCGAGCCAACACAGUGUUUGGACUGGGCUUCUCCUCAGAGCAGCAGCUGUCCAAGUUUGCAGAGAAAUUUCAAGAGGUAAAAGAAGCUGCCAAACUUGCCAGGGACAAAUCUCAAGAGAAAGGGGAGACGAUGAGCAAUCACUCUCAGGAGUCGGGCCGGGAGACACCUCUGAACACACAGCCGUCCAGCAUCAACGGCACAGACGAUGAAAAGAUCUCCCACGUGGGACCAGAGGCCGCAGUGCUCAAGACCGAAAACGAACGUCUCAAGAGUGCCGUGGAGCAGAGCAACACAAAUGCCAAGAAGUGGGAGACGGAGCUUCAGACUCUGAGGGAGAAUAAUGCUCGGCUGGUGGACGCCCUUCAGGAGUCCUCCGCCAACGUGGAGAGCUGGAAGAAACAACUGGCCACCUGCAAAGAGGAGAGUGACGCACUGAGAAGCAAGAUUGCUGAACUGGAGGCUCAGUGCAAUGAAGCCAAUCAGGAGAAGCAGAAGAACGCCCAGCUGAGCGCCAGAGUGCAGGAGCUGGAGACAGAGCUGCAGGACAAAGAGACGGAGCUGGAAAACCUGAGGAAACAGGCGGAGAUCAUCCCACAGCUGAUGGGCGAGUGUGAGAGCAUCACCACAAAACUACAGGCUGCGGAGUCAAAGAACAAAGAGCUGGAGGGGCGGAUAGGAGUGCUGAGUCUGGACAUCGACGAGAGCCGACAGAAACAGGGAAACAUGAAGGGGGAGCUCAAGAAGUUUAUGGACAUCCUGGACGGAAAGAUCGAUGAACUUCACGAAUUCAGACAGGGCCUCUCCAAGUUAGGCGCAGAUAACUAACCUAAACACUAACUAACAUCUCUACUGCAAGGUGAGCUACCCCACACAGCAGAAACAUGCGCCACUGCUCCCCCUAGAGGUGAAUCCAACAACUGCGGCUGCUAUUAACAACAACGUACAAGACUAUUUUUUCAGUCGGGGGUUUCAAAAUGGCUACUGUCAUUCACACUGGCUUUCGAAAGUCACUUACUAUUACAUGGUGGUGGUGGUGGGUUUCUUACUGUUCGUCUCUUUUGGCUCGUCUCGCCAUAGGUUUCUAACUAAACAAGGGGUCUAAAAGGGCUACACCUACAACCAGUAUCGUCCAAUCAGUGCGGCUCCUCGGAAGCUGGUCCCGCCCCCUUUUUGUCGCCCCUUGUCGAUCUCAGGUGUGUUAAUAAAUAAUUAUAUGCACAUAAAUACGAUAUAAAAAUACUGAAAUGGCCAUCACACCAAGUGCCUGUAAUAGGAGCAAUUUCUGCUUGGCAAGAAAUCUGGCCGAGAGUUUUGCCAUAAUUUAAAGGUGCACUGUGUAACUUUUCUGGUAAAGGACCGCCGGUUACUUGUCUCCAUGGAGAUGUUACGGCAUUAAACUUUUCAGUCUCCAUAGAAACAAGCAGGAGACACCACCAGGCCAAUUUACAGGUGAGAUCUGUGAAGCGGUGAUUUUAUUUUGAGCAAUAAAAACACCCAUAAUGGAAUAAAUGCGUCUUAUAUAAGUUUAAUACCAUAUUGCGGAACAUUACAGGUAAAGCAAUAGCAUCGCCAUGGAAGCGGACCCCCACAACCUGAAAAGUUACGCAGCGCACCUUUGAAAGCAAAUAUCUUCAAGUUAUCCCACAAAUAAAAGGCACAACUAACUUCUUUUUGGGGAUUUUUUUGUAAUUUCAAAUUGGGAAAACAACUAGCCAUCCAAAAAUGAUAAUAUUCUGAGUCCUGUGAUGUAGACUUGUGUGCGAUUGUGUUGAAAAAUGUUUGUUUGUGAAAUCUGAUCAAAAGCGUAACUUCACUAAAUUUCGUUAUUUUUGGUGGUGGUUAAAAUUUGGACAACGGGAAUGUGGUGCUGCUGCUCACCGGGAAUCAUGGGACAUUUAAGAGACUUUAAGAAAAACUUUUCUGGUUUUGUUUUUGUUUUUUUUGACAUAUUUAUUUAUUUUUGGUGCCUCUCUGAACACGUUUUGGAUCUCUGCUGUUUCCAUCACUGUACAAAAGUAUAUACCAAAUGGAGUAUUGAAGGGAACUGUGAGUGUUAAAAUCAUUGUAAUAUUAAAAUUAAGUUGGGAUUACUCAAAAUGUGGUCACAAAAGGAGUCUAUAUAUAGUCCCUAUGUAGUUUUGCAACCAUCCAUACUUAAAAAUGGUUUAAUUUGGCCUAUUUAGUCGUCAACAUUACAGGAAAUAUUUCACUUUCUAGUCUUUAAUUAUUAUUUAUGUGGGAUCAUUACAUCAGAUGUCCUUUGUUUUCCUACCCUUCCUCUCUUACAUCUUGACUUGAAAUUAGUUCUGUGGGAAAUUACCUUUUUUCCGUGUUCAAUUGUUCAUGAUUUUUAUUUGAUUUGACAAAAAAACAACACAAAAAUGGCUUUCAGUAUUACUUUCCUGCAUAUAGACUAUGCCUUUAAUAAUAUAACACACAAAAAAUAGUCAAAUUUCUUCCUUUAAAGUUUGACAGAAGAUCGGCUGUGGACCUCUGGAUUUAAAACGGAACAAAAACAAGCUGAUCAUAGAUGAAUAGAAAAUAAUAAAUUAGAUUAUUUGCACAGCUCUAGUUGAAAUACUUAAUGUCUCUGUAGCCUGCUGCUAGACACACUGACAAUCUAUAGCUAGACUUGAUUUAUGUUUAAAAAAGAUCUCUAUGAAUAUACGCAAUUAAUUAUUUUUUCCAAGUUGUGAAAAACACUGAGACAAGAUCAAGUGUGUUGCCAAAAAUGUAUCUAUUAAUAAUAUAAUGAAUGUGAGAAUCCGUAUGUGCUGGAAAUGCUACAGUUAACAGAAUAAUUUGACUAGUAUUAGUUAUAAAAGAUAAUUUAAGAACAUAUUUAAAUGACCAAAAUUGCAUUAAAUGACGUGAAAAUCUCAUUACAGGGUCCGUCGAACACUUUUCUCUGUGGAGAUGUUGUUGCUUUGUCUGGAAUGUUUCACAGUAUGGCAUUAAACCUUUCUUAUCUUCAUGGAGACCAAGCCAGGCCAAGUUACAGGUCAGAUCUGUGGCGAGGUAAGCCCUGCUCACAAUCAAAAGAUCUGUUUUUUAAGGUUUUUUGAGCUAUAAAACCACCUGCGAUUGAAUAAAUGUAAGGUAGAGCUCUUUAAAGUCAUACUGUGGAACAUUCCAGACAGAGCAAUGGUGUAUCCAUAUAAACAAGCAGAUGACGGACCCCCAACCAAAACGUUCCACCUUUAUUGCACGUUUAAAACAAUUAUUAAUCACAUUUUCUGCACUCCCAAACAACAAUUUACAUUUUCGUAGCCAUAAACUGUAUUUUCUGACUUUUGAAGAGUCCUUUACACAACCACAGUUUUUGAGUAAAUCCAAAUUAAACUUUUUGAGAGACAAAUUUCCUGUUUAAUUCAUGUCUUUGUUUUGGUUUUGUCUUGAAAUAUCGAUGAAGGGACUUCUGCUUCUUGUUUUUGUCGUUUGUUUUGACCCAAAUGUGGAACCUCUUUGAACAAAUGCCUCCUGUGCACUUUUGUGUGUCCUCGAUAUUGUAAAAUAACUGUCAAAUCUAUAGUUUAAUAAUAA